ACCCUCUAUCAUAACUAAGGUUCGCACUAGUGGUUGCUAAAGGUGGUUAUAAAAUAGCAACUGGCAUCUCGGGUAGCAGCACGUUGGUAUAUAUAGCAACCUGCUAGCAACCCACUAUAUGCCAUUGCAAAUUUUCUGUCUUGUUUAUGUUCAUUUUAAAAUUCACUGGCUAGACUUGGUUCGUUUGAACUUUCAAGUUUACCUUUUUAAUUUGAAUAUUAAAUGGAGCCAACGGUAAGAUUAUUGAUGGUAAAAAUGUGUAUAUUCAUAUUCGCUUUAAUCGUCUUUGCUCGGUAGCAGAGUGCAUCGAAGCUUCGUGGUAAAAAUUGGACCAUUGAAGAAGAUGAAGCGUUGUGUACAGCAUGGCUGAAUGUUUCUACGGAUGCAGUGGUCGGUAUAAAUCAAAAUACUGAAAAUUUGUACAAUCGGAUCUACGAGAAUUUCAUCGAAAUAUGCACAGCUAAAGUUGUUUCAUCCAAUCCGGAACUUCGAGCACCGAAAGGUAUCAAGGCCCGCUGGCAUCAAAUUAAUAAAACAGUUUGCAAGUUCGCUGGUUGUAUUGCGCAAAUCACCAACCAACAGCAAAGCGGAGCAUCACCUGAAGAUAUUUUUAAGCAAGCAUUGACAUUGUUUGCAUCAACGGAACAUUCAUCAUUCUCGCUAAUGCACUGCUUUAAAAUUCUGGAAAGUGCUCCAAAAUGGCAGCAAUACAAUGUAAAGGAAACAUCGAUGAAACGGAAGCUAACAGUUGUAAGUGAAACCAGUUUUGGUGGGAACGAUUAUGGAAAUGGUAAACUACAAACUGGUGAAGAGCGUCCCAAAGGACAAAAAACAUGUAAGCAGCAGCUGAAGCAUCAACACAUGCUGGACUCUACCGCAUCGGAAAUAGUGAACGCGACGAAACUAUUAGCGCAGGUGGCCCAAGAAAAACUUACAACCGUCACACAAAGGAAUUUUACGCUAAGUAGAAUGGUUGACCAUUCUGUCAUGUCAAUAGAUUUCAGUAAGUUGAGUGAACAUGCAAAAGAAUAUUACAUGCUCGAACAACGACGGAUCCUGAAAGAGGCACAAUCUAAAAUAUUAGCCAAUAAUGUUACCGAAGAGGAAGACAGCAUGAAUAUUGAAGUUUUACUGUCAGAAGAAGAAUCAGAUGGUCCUUUCUAAAACAAUGCUUGACUAAUUAAAAUGACAACCAAAGAAGAUUGGUAGUUAAUACAGAGAACAAAUUUAUUUCGCAUAUUUCACACAAUAAAAUGUCAAUACCAAAAACCAAAUAAAACCCAACAACAGUUAUUCUUCUUCGCCCCUCAUAUUCCAUAAAUGUUCAAUUAGAUCAUUUCGCAACUGAUAGUGCAUUGCUGUAUCAUGAACCUGCUUAUAGCGAGUUAAAAAGGCACUGAAAUCUAGUUUCGAACACAUAGGUACAUUUGUAGUUGCGUUUUCGUAAGCAAACAUAUAAUCAAAGGUAACUACAUUCUCUCUCUCAUCCUCUAUGAUCAUAUUAUGUAGAAUAAUGCAUGUACGCAUUAUACUCCUGAGAUCGUCUUUAUUCCACAGCCUUGCAGGAUUUUUUAUUAUCGCAAAUCUUGCCAUCAACACACCGAAUGCCCGCUCGACGUCUUUUCUAACUGCUUCUUGCAUUUUUGCGAAGUGCUGUAAACAAUGAUAAAUAGAAUUAUUCGUUAUGCGUUGCAAUCCAAUUGAAAUAAAUGUUAACACAGUUUACAAAACAGUUUAAAAAAAAAUUUGCAUGAUACGUGAAUAAAAGUUGUUUGGGCACAGUUAAGUCGAAUCUAAUAUAAAUAUAAUUUCUGUUUAUUAGAGGGAUGGUUACCUUUCUCUUUAGUCCAAUUGGAUGAGUUAUUGUCUGAACCAAAGUAGCAAGCGGCGGAUAU